GCUUCUUCGAUCUCGUGAACGCAGCUGAUCAUUCAGUUUAAACCUCACGUGCGGCAUCAAAACACUGCUUGUUCUUGUAAGCGCAUCUCAGACUAAAAAUUUCACGGUUGCCGUCAACACAUAACAAUUUUUUUUAAUGUACUAUCAUACAUUUGAAUAUUUUUUUACUUAUUAUUAAAAUCGAAAUUAGCGCGUCUCGCGGUGCUGUUUUGAAAAUAUUUUGUGUUUUUAUGGUUAUCUUAAUCACGAGUAAGUACCUCGUCAAACCAAAACCCAGGAACCAUAAAACCAACUCUUUCUAUUUGCACCGGUGGAUUGUGGGUAUUGGGGUUUGGCGUCACGUUGUGGAUCCAGCAUGGCAGCGAAACAGAAAAGGAAAUUAGAGGACCUCAGUUUGGACGAGUUCCUACUGUCAGGCUUUGACUCUCCAGGUGAAGAUGAUUCUGAGGAAGAGACUCCCAAACAGAAGAAAAAGAAAAAUGUGAACCCUAAGAUAGGCGAACAGAAAAGAGGUAAAGCAUCUCAACACAAGGAGCAGCUCUGCAGGUUAAAGAAUAAAGAUCCAGAGUUCUACAAAUUUCUGCAAGAAAACGACCAGACAUUGCUAAAUUUUGAUGACACAGACAGUUCUGAUGAUGAAGAUGAGAAAAAAUACCAUAAACUACCAUCAGCACUGGAGGAGGCCAGCUCAGGUGACGACAAUGAUGAUGAUGAAGAUUGGCCGAAAGGUUCAAAGAAGGCCAAAAAGGCAGUGGAGACGAUCAAAGUCACAGACAAAAUGAUUGAGGGCUGGAAAGCUGCUAUGAAGACGGCGCCCACUCCGCGACUCUUCAGAGAAGUUAUUCAGGCCUUUAAGGCUGCUGUUGCCACAACAAAGGGUGAAGGAGGCGGACAGAGUCGGUACACAGUGGCUGAUAGUUCAGUGUUCAAUGCUUUGGUCCUGUUCUGUAUCAAAGAUAUUCACGCGGCCCUGCAGAGGCUGCUCAACCUGAAGCAAGAUAAAGACCAAAAGAAGCUGGUUCUCCCUUCAUCUAGUCCAAAAUGGCAGAGGAAUCAGACUGAUAUCAAGAUGUAUCUCAGUGGAGUAGUUCAGCUGUUAUCCUGUCUAACAGAAGCAACAGUCAUCAGUGCAGUCCUGCAGCACGCCAACCAGCUCAUAUCUUAUUACCUUUGUCUACCCAAACAGUGUCGUCACCUCAUUAAACAACUAAUGAAGCAGUGGAGCACAGGGGAGGAGACGAAUCGGGUUCUUGCCUUCCUGGCCCUCAACAAAAUUUGCAGACACAAACAGGAAACUAAUCUUAACCCUGUUCUUAAGCAAAUGUACAUUUCUUAUGUCCAAAACUGCAAGUUCACGUCUCCCAACGUGCUUCCCAUGAUCAACUUCAUGCAGAGAACUCUAACAGAAAUGUAUGCCCUGGACACACAGACUACCUAUCAGCAUGCUUUCAUCUACAUCCGACAACUGGCCAUACACCUGAGAAACGCCAUGACCAUGAAGAAAAAGGAAACCUAUCAGUCGGUGUAUAAUUGGCAGUAUAUUCACUGCCUGUACCUGUGGUGUCGGGUCCUGAGCACUUUGCACCCCAGUGAUGUUCUUCAACCGCUCAUCUAUCCACUUUGCCAAGUCAUUAUUGGUACCAUCAAGCUGGUACCUACAUCAAGAUAUUACCCUCUGAGGAUGCACUGCUGCAGAGCUAUCACCCUGCUCUCUAGCAGCACCAACACUUUUGUACCUGUUCUGCCUUUCCUAUUAGAGAUCUUCCAGGAGGUGGACUUCAACAAAAAACCUGGCCGGAUGAGUAAGAAACCCAUCAACUUUGCAGUCAUCCUGAAGCUGAACAAAAUCAACCUAAUGGAGAAAGCCUACAAGGAUGGGUUGAUUGACCAGCUGUACGACCUGAUACUGGAAUACUUCCACACUCAGGCCAGCACCAUCGGCUUCCCCGAACUUGCCCUGCCCACCAUCAUUCAACUUAAAGCGUUCCUUAAGGAGUGCAAAGUGGCCAAUUACUCCAAGCCUAUGCGCCAGCUGUUGGAGAAGAUACAGGAGAACAGCAGCUACAUCACAGGACGUAGACAGAAGGCCGCCUUUGGAGUGGCUGAUGCUGCCGCUGUGGCGGCCUGGGAGAAGCAGACCCAGGAGGAGGGAACUCCGCUCAGCAGGUAUUACAGCCAGUGGAAAAAGCUGAGGGAGAAGGAGAUCCAGCUGGAGAUAUCUGGGAAAGAAAGGAUGGAGGAUCUAAAUCUGCCUGAGAUCAAACGAAAGAAGGUUCAAGAAAAGAAGGAGGAGGACAAGAAGGAGUUUAAGGAUCUUUUCCAGUCUGACAGUGACUCAGAUGAAGAUGACACAGGACUCAAAAUCAAAGGUAAGAAGAGCGGCGCUGGAUCAGAUGACGACGAUGAUUUUGAAGAUACUUCUGACUUGAGUGAUGACGAGGGGAUGGAGGAAGGAGAUUCAGGUGAUGAUGAUGGCGAGGAUGAAGAGGAAGGGGAUGAAAAGGCCUCCACUGCUCCUCAGCCCCUGUCCUCUGCUGCUCUGAUAAAGCUGGCAGAGGGAGAUGAGGAUGUGGUGGAAGACCUUCAGCUGUCUGACGAUGACUGAUUUUCAUGGAGCUUGUCAACACUCUCUCACAAUAUUCAUACUUCAGCUAUUUUUUGUUUUGACUUUUGGCUCUUUGCUAUACAAUAUUUGACCGAUUUACAUGUACAGCACAAAUGAGGUCAUCAUGUAAUUUUAUAUGGCAUUGAAACUUAAAAACAAGUUCAAGACUC